AUGCACGACUACAAGGAUAAUUGUGAAAUACAUUGCCCGGGAUCGUCUGUGGGAAAUACCCCUCAGCUGAAGAUCAACAAUCCCUGGACGACGCCUCCACCCGGAACCUUUCGUGCUCGACCCGGUGUCAUCGUCAUGAAGUUUGGCGAGCAGCUGCGGUCAAGCGUCAUUCGCGAGUACCAGUGGUACUACAUUGACUACAAUGGCCUCAAGUCGGAGCUCAAGAACGCUACCGGCCCUGCCCCGGCCGAUGGUGUCGGCCCCAGCCAGUGGUCCGAGGAUGACGAGACGCGCUUCGUAGGCCGCCUCGAGGCCGAGCUGGAAAAAGUCCACACCAAGCAGCAGGUCAAGGCCAUGGAGAUUUCUCGCCGCAUCGCCGUCUCCGAGCGCGAGGUCAAGGAUGUCGUCAACCGCCUCCAGGAGCGCGGCCUCGGCGAGGAGGGUCCCAGCGAGGAAGAAUUUAUCCUGCUCGAGGAGGACUUGUCCGACAUCAUUGCCGACGUUCACGACCUCGCCAAGUUUGUCCAGCUCAACUACACUGGCUUUUAUAAAAUCAUCAAGAAGCAUGAUAAGCAAACCGGCUGGCAUCUGCGGCCCGCAUUCGACACCCGACUCAAGGCCAAGCCCUUCUACAAGGAAAACUACGAUGCUUCCGUCAUCAAGCUGUCCAAGCUCUACGAUCUCGUUCGAACCCGAGGCAACCCUGUCAAGGGCGAUUCCGCCGCCGGUGGCUCCCAAGCCAGCUUUGUCCGACAGACCACCAAAUACUGGGUUCACCCGGAUAAUGUCACCGAGUUGAAGCUCAUCAUCCUCAAGCACUUGCCUGUGCUUGUCUUUAACGCCGGCAAGGAGUUUGACCCCCAAGAUUCCGCCAUUACCUCCAUCUACUACGACAAUCCCGAUACCUGGGAUCUCUACGAAGGCCGACUGAAGAAGACAGAAGGUGCCGAGGCCAUCCGUCUACGCUGGUACGGUGGCAUGCAGAGCGAGACCAUCUUUGUCGAACGUAAGACUCACCGUGAAGACUGGACUGGUGAAAAGUCUGUCAAGGCUCGAUUCGCUCUCAAGGAGAAGAAUGUCAAUGCCUACCUCCGCGGCGAGCUGCUUCCUGGCGCCAUCUUCGAAAAAGCCCGCAAAGAAGGCAAAAAGUCGGAAAAGGCCAUUGCUGAGGACGAGCGUCUGGCUUCUGAAGUCCAGUACUCUGUACUCAAGAAGGGUUAUAAGCCCGUCUGCCGCUCCUUUUACAACCGCACAGCCUUCCAGCUGCCCGCUGAUGCCCGUGUCCGUAUUUCGCUGGAUACUGAGCUCACCAUGGUCCGCGAGGACAACCUGGAUGGCCAACAGCGCUGCGGCAAGAACUGGAGACGAAUGGAUAUUGGUAUCGAUUACCCUUUCUCCCAGCUGCCCCCUGAAGACGUCGAGCGAUUCCCCUAUGCCGUACUCGAAGUGAAGCUUCAGACACAGAUGGGCCAAGAGCCGCCAGAGUGGGUUCGUCAACUCAUUUCGUCGCACCUGGUCGAGGCCGUGCCCAAGUUCUCCAAGUUUAUCCACGGCUGUGCUUCCUUGUUCCCGGAUCGCAUUAACCUGCUGCCCUUUUGGAUGCCCCAAAUGGAUGUCGAUAUCCGCAAGCCUCACACCCACGACUUUGGCAUCCACAGAGCCGCGCUCUCUGGCACGACGACGACUUCUGACGACGACGAAGAGGACUUUGAUUCAGACGACGAGGUUACCAGGCCUUCCACCAGCGCCGGCCCGGCAUUUUCAUCCCAUCGAUCCAGACGCGGACUGGCCUCCGACAUGGAGGGUCAGACGGUGGAUCUGCCCACGGCGAGUGAGGAUUUCCCCAUAUACGAUUCAGACGACGAGUAUGACGAAAACUACGAGCUGGAAGAGGCUCGCAGAGUUGGCGGGUGGCACUACUACUCGACGCUGUUUGCCACCAAGGGCCACGCCUUUAGCCAAGCCGCGCUCAACGCUCUUUGGGCCAUUGUGCCCCGGCCGCGCAGCACGCAGGUGUCGCGUAGUGCGCGCCAGCAGAUGCUGUUUGGCGACCAACAGGUCCAGUCCAAGAAGUUCAAGGCGCCCAAGGGCAAGAAGAUUUACGUCCCCGUGCGUGUGGAGCCAAAGGUGUUCUUCGCAGCCGAGCGAACGUUUCUCGGCUGGCUGGAGUACUCCAUCUACAUUGGCACCAUUGCCAUGACGCUGCUCAACCUCAAGAGCCACCCGACGCCCAUUUCCUUUUGGAUCUCGGCCAUCUUUACCUUCCUGGCCAUCCUAAGCCUGCUGUACUCGGUCGGCGUGUACCUGUACCGCAGCCGUUCGAUUCGCAACCGCAAGGCGGCGCGGUACUUUGACAAGUGGGGACCCAGCGUGCUGUGCGUGUCGCUGUUUGUGGCCGUGGCGCUCAACUUUGGCUUUGAGGGUCGGGAGCGUGGUAUGUGGUAA